AUGGUGAUGACAACCUCGAAGUUGGCGGGUUACUACGACGCGCCGGAGGGUGUGGACGUCCGCGGGCGCUACGAUGAAGAAUUCGCAAAGAUCCUGACGCGGGAUGCCCUGGAGUUCGUUGCCGGGCUUCAGAGACAGUUUAGGAGGCAGAUCCGGCACGCGAUGGAGAGCCGGCGAGAGGCGCAGCGGCGGUACGAUGCCGGGGGGCUGCCUGGGUUCGACCCCGCCACCCGGUUCAUCAGGGAGAGCGACUGGGUGUGUGCGCCGGUGCCGCCACCCAUCGCCAACCGGAUGGUAGAGAUCACCGGACCUGUCGAGCGCAAGAUGGUCAUCAACGCGCUUAACUCCGGCGCUAAGGUUUUCAUGGCUGAUUUCGAGGACGCAUUAUCGCCAAACUGGGAGAACCUCAUGAAGGGGCAGGUGAACCUCAGGGAUGCCGUCAACGGAACCAUAAGCUUUGAGGAUAGGGAGAGGAAGAGGGUUUAUAAGCUCAACGAGACGACGGCCAAGCUCUUCGUCCGGCCAAGAGGCUGGCACCUCAAGGAGGGUCACAUUCUCAUUGACGGCGAGCCCGCCGUCGGCUGCCUCGUCGAUUUCGGGCUCUUCUUCUUCCACAACUGCGCCGCUUACCGGGCUAACCAGGGCCAGGGAUUUGGUCCCUUCUUCUAUCUCCCAAAAAUGGAACACUCCAGGGAAGCCAGAAUCUGGAAUAACGUCUUCAACCGAGCAGAAGAAUCCGCUUCCAUCCCAGCCGGCAGCAUCCGCGCGACCGUCCUUAUCGAAACCCUCCCCGCCGCCUUCCAGAUGAACGAGAUCCUCUAUGAGCUCCGCUCUCACUCCGCUGGCCUCAAUUGCGGUCGCUGGGAUUACAUCUUCAGCUAUGUCAAAACCCUCCGCGCCCAUCCCGACCGUCUCCUUCCCGACCGCGUCUCGGUUGGCAUGUGGCAGUCGAUGAUGCGCUCCUAUUCUCAUCUCCUCAUCUUUACAUGCCACCGCCGUGGCGUCCACGCUUUGGGUGGCAUGGCCGCGCAGAUACCCAUCCGCGGUGAUCCCGCCGCGCACGCCAAGGCGAUCGAGGCCGUGCGGAGCGACAAGUUGCGCGAGGUGCGGGCGGGGCACGAUGGGACGUGGGCGGCGCAUCCAGGGCUGAUUGGGGAGAUUGGGACGGUGUUUGAGGAGGGUUUGGCGGGGAGGGAGAAUUUGAUUGGGGUGAUGAGGAGGGAGGACGCGGCGGGGAUUGGUGAGGAGGAUCUGCUUGAGAGGCCGCGGGGGAGAAGGACGAUUGAGGGGUUGAGGCUGAACACGAGGGUGGGGAUACAGUACAUGGCGGCGUGGCUCACCGGGACGGGGUCCGUCCCGCUCUAUAACCUCAUGGAAGAUGCAGCGACCGCUGAAAUCAGCCGCGUGCAGAACUGGCAGUGGAUCAGGUAUAAAGCUUUGCUGGACGCCGAGAGAGUGGAGCUGGCACUGACGCCGGAGCUGUUUGCAAGAGUGGUUGAGGAGGAGAUGGGAAGAAUUGAGAGGGAGGUUGGGAUGGAGAAGUUCCGGCGUGGGAUGUUUAAAGAAGCCUGUUCUAUUUUCGUACGACAGUGCAUGGCUGCCGAGCUUGACGAUUUCCUGACACUGGAUGCAUAUAACCAGAUUGUCAUCCACCAUUCUAGGGAAGGAUCCAGCCUCUGAUUAUCUGAAGCAGAAUAAUGCAUUGGUCUUUAUCUUUUUAGGCUUGUCUUGGAAUAAGGCCGAUCUAUAGGCUACAGUUCUUCAUUUCUAAUGUUCUAAAGAGUCUUACGGGGGUAUUUGUAUGAAAUAAAAGGUUGCGGAA